GCUGUCAGCCGUGAUGCUAACCUGCAGGUGUGUGGAUUAGCAUCAACUUCUAAUGCAGUGGAUGGUGAGAUGUGGUGCUACCAGAAACCGGGGUAUGAAGCCCUCCUCGUCGCUGAGCUGCAGAGACAGCAGCAGCGCAGCCAGUUCUGUGACACUCUGCUCAAGACAGAAGGUGUAUCAGUGCCAGCACACAGCUGUAUUCUCUCAGCCAUCAGCCCCAACAUUUCCUCCGCUCUUUCCUCCACACCGCCGCCCCCUGCAGGCCAGAGCCGCCUCCUGGAGUUUCAUGCUCUUGGCACCUGCACCCUGCUCCGCCUGGUCAGACUGCUGUACUGUGGGGAGAUGACAGGGGAGGGGGAGAAGGAGAAGCAGGAGGCUGUUACUGCUGCAGCCAAACUGGGCAUCCAAGGGCUGGUGGAGGUCACAAAAAGAGACCUUCAGAGCAGAAAUGAGGGAGGAGAAGGCCAGUGUGCAGAGGUGGGAGUGCAGACGGAGCCACUGAUGCCUGGGGAGAAUGAAGGGAGGCGGGGCAGGUGGAAGAGAGAAGUGAGGGAUGGGAGCACCUUUCUGUGGAGAGAGACAACAUCAGAGGGUGAAAGAGACACAUGGACUCAGACAGAGGAGCUUCAGGUAAACUCGGCUCCCCCUUCUCACCCAGCAGCCUCCUUCGAGACCAUUGAUAUGUCUGCUCUCCAGAGCUUUGGAACCACACAGAUUGUCCCUCCUCAAAUUCCGUACAUCCCGAUAUCCCUCGUCUACCCACCAGAUGAAAACCAAAUGCACCAACAUCCUUCUGCUCUCUCAGACUCUUUGCGAGAGUCUGCAGCAGCUGGACACACAUCUGCUGCUGCAGUGGCACCGCCACACGCCUUCGCCCCCCCACCCCUCCCUUUUUCCAUUCAAGGGACCCUGUGUGCUGCUGACCCUCAGAGCUGGUGGACUGACCCUCAAGGCGCAACCACAGACGCCACAGCGGCUGAAAGAUGGGAGGAGGAGCAGUUACAGCAGUUUGAAGGCAACAUCCCUGGAUACAUCAACUACUUCCUGCAUCCGAACAAGGAGGAGCGCUUCCACAGGGGGCGAGCACGGAGGAGGCAAGGAGCAAGGGUGGGAGGUGCAAGGAGAGCUGGGACAGGUGAGAGAAGAGCCAGGAGACCACGAGCAAGAACAGGAGGGAGGGGGAGGGGAGGGUUAACGCAGACGGUGGAUGUGCAGGAGGUGGGGGUGAGCAGGCUGCAGAAGUUGUUCCUGCAGAGGUUUGGGCUGAGGGCGUCCAAGACGGGUCAGGGCGGAGGAGCUGCAGGCAGGAAGUUGUACCUGAAGACCAGAGCGCUUAUGAAGCCCGCCAGGAGGAGAGGAGGGCGCGGCAAUGUGUGGGAGAGCAGCCAGAGUGGAGACGUGCCACUAUACAGUGAGGGAGGAGGCAGUACGCAGCGUAGGAGUGCAAGGCAACAGUUAAAGCAGGAUGCUCCUCCUGCCGGCAGGGCUCGGAGGGCGAGGGCCAAACCAGCAUCAGUGUCCUUUUCUUCCCCUCAUUUGGGAUUCCACAACGCUCAAACUGUAUCUGCCCUCGGCCCCAUUCUCCAGUCUUCUCCAUCACCUGCAGCCUCUUACGCGGCUCCUGCAUCGUCCCUGCUCCACAGCACACCCCUCCCUCCUCCUGCUCCUCCCCCUCAUGAGGAGCAGCCUGAACACUUUGAGCAGCUACUGGAGGAAGUGAUGAAGGGUCUUGAUAUUUUACCAAACAGCAACAACAGCAACGCACCACAGCCUCUUCCAACCAGUAGCAGCAGUUGUGCCCAUGCCUCCUGUGGCAACACUUUGGCCCAAAACAAAGAACAAGGCCAUACCGCUGCAAACAGUGAGGUGCCCGUACUGCAGCAGCAGGGCGAGGGAGAGCUGAGUGAGAUACUGGAUCACUUCCUCCAGUCCUUUGAGCAGCACGUUGAAAGUACUGCCAGGGAAGCGGCGGAGACGGGUGGUCGGAGAAGCACAGAGGCUAGCCAGCCUCACACUGUUCUGAGACGGAAGACAGACAGAAAAACCAAGACCCGGACCACAAAGAGGCCUCAGACAUGUCAGCUACAGCAUCCACAGACACCAUGUCCAGUCAAACACUCUCAAACACCUGAACUGCAACCGCAAGCUAAUAGACAGUCAUCACAGCCACGUAAGGCUUCUGCUCGCCGUGCCGUUACCCCCAAAAAUACUGAGGGAUCACCAGUGAAAGCCAAAGCACCGGCCAAACGACGGAGGAGAAGAAAUGAGUACAACUUUGGGCUGAGGAUGAAGAAGCCAAAGCCACUGGGUGUCACAAAUAUGAAAACCGUUGAUGACCGAGAAGACAAGCAGCUGCAGCAGAUACCUGUGGUGAAACUGGAGAGGAGCAGCCUGCUGCCAGACAAAGCUAUACUGCGAGAACGCAGCUGUUUGAAAAUCAAGAUUCCUGCAAAAACAAAGUGCAACUCAUCAACAGCGCCACGUGACAGCGUGUCUAAAAAGGCUCAGCAAGUGUCAUGGAGCGCAAAGAUUUACCCAAUCAGGAGUCGGUUUAGAGAAGCACAUAUCAUGGACAGCAUGCCCUUUCUUGAGAAGCAGACACCCUCAAAGGGCCCACCAGGUCACCGCAGAAGAAAGUGCAAGCAAAGUGGACAACUUCUCAGUUUAUCUAAUAAUGAGAGUUCAGCAGCACCAGUUCAGCUGCAACCUCAGGAGCCCACUAUCAGCGACGAACUAGAGAGAAAUCAAGAGAGACAUGAAGGAGAACUGAGUGUCCAGCCGCAGGAGCAGGCAGAGAGACCCACGAGGAGGGGAGAGAAGAGGAGAGCAGAGGAGGAGACAAAUGAUAAAUCCACUGUGACCAAGAGGGUUUGCAUUGAGCAAACGGCACAGCCAACCUUUGAAACAUGCUCCCUGAGCUCUGAAACCGCAGACUUCGUCUCUGAACCAGCAAGCAGAGAGUUAAAUGAGGUGUCCAGCGCAGGAGAUUGUUUACAAAGAGAGCAAGGAGAGGAGGAAUCAGUGAGGAGUGAAAUCAAACUCAAAGAAGAAGGUUUGAUGGAUGAAAAUAUGGAGAGCAGCGGUGAUGAGAUAAUCGAUGUGGACGGACCCACUGUGUCACGUUUUGUCGUCGCGAAUGCUUUUGUUUCACCCUCAUCGCAUUCAGAGAAGGAGGUCGGCUGCGAGUCGAGCUGGGAAGAGGAAGACAACAUUGACGUGAUUGGCGGUUCCAGCCCCGCCCCUAAUCCGGUGAUCAUCAACUGGACAGAGUCUUCAGAAGGUGAGGGAGAGGAGGGAGACGAGGACGUUGAUGUUGUCGGUGAAAAGAUGGAGAUGGAGUCGUCGGCGGUCGUCAUUACUGUGAAUAAAGGUGAGCUUGUUAACAGGAAACAUCAGACUGAGGUGCUCUCACAUUAG